GUACAACGUCAUGCAGCAGCGUAAACAACCCCCACAAGUCCGAAGACAGCACCCUGCCGAGCCUGGUGAAGGAGGUAGAAGACAACAGUCGAUACAAGACUUUUGAGGCCAACGUUACUUUGCUGAAGCUACUCGUUAGUGAUAAGAAUGGAGUUAGCAAGUCUGAAGUUUUCGACAUGCUGCACUCUCGCGACGACAACCCGAGCCAUAUUGACCUGCCGGUCUUCCCCGAGGACUCGGAGGUGGCCAAAGUCGAUGUUCCCGACGCCCCGAAGUCACAGGCUGAGUUCUUGCAAG